AGUUUAAAGUCAAUCUACCGAGGGUUAACAUGUCAGUAGAUCAGACUAAAUUAUUGUUAGAAGGCUUCCUGCAGAAAAGAAAAGAUACUAUGAAACUAAGAUGGGUGACAUAUUGGUUCAGGCUUCAAAACACAACCCUGUUCUUUUAUACACAGAAGAAUGGCAGCGCUUCCCAUUUGAGAGGCUAUUACUACAUUUACACAUCUCUCUCUGUCCACAUCUCUGUCAGGUGCAGUCGGUGCGAGAAGUCCCGAGAGUUGCCGGUAAUCGCAUCAUUUUUGAGAUCAUCAUGACCAAUGGAAAGAGGAAAGUGUUGGCAGCAGAGACAGCAGCCCUCAGAAAGGAGUGGGUGAGAUGCCUCUGGCAGGCUAUGCAUCUUUCUACCUCUGGUCUCUCAGACUCCAGAAGCCCAAACCUGGAAGUGUGUGAGCAGCGAGAAAGAUUAAACACCAGCGCACCUAUCUACUCAAACAUUGACAGUGUGAUGGAGUCGCUGCCUGCUCGGCCCUUCUCUGCCCCCCCCCCGACGGGCCACAUCCACCAUGACAUCUGGAGCAUCGCCACCCCAAUCUGCCCAUUAGAGGAGCUGAACCAUGAGGAGGCCACGCAACAAAACACACCUCCAGCCUGUGGCUACCAGCAACACAAUGUUACCAGUGGGGUGAGCCACACAGAGGGAAGACAAGAAGGAGACUAUGACAUUUUACCGCUUGGAAACAGACCGUGUGGGAACGCGAUGGAAGAGGGUGUGUAUGACUUUCCUAUGUCUUACAGGAGGGCUGCUGAACAUCCGAACCCUGCAGAGAGCAUCUAUGACGUACCCAGCUCUCUGUUGAGGAGGAGGCCUGAUCACACUUUAGUUGCAGAGGUGCAGCCGGAGGACGGAGACUACUGGAGGAUAUGAGGUCCAGCUGGAGGACACGAUAGUCUGGAGCACUCUCUCCAAACCUGUGGACCAGACACAGAAUACCAAGCUGCCUAAUAUCUGUAGCGACGCAUUUACACAACACACACACACACACACACGCACACACACGCACACACACUGUAUUUAUGCAACAUGUUUGUCACCUUAGUUACACUUUGG